AUGUUCUUUUUUCUAGUGAAUUAUGCAAGGCAAGGACAAGCUACUCAGUCAUCCAUUUUCGCCCCUUGGGUGGCCCAAAAAGCUAUAGAUGGUAAAAAAUUUGAGUCAACGUGCUCCAUUACAGGAUUUCAGCCUAGUCCAUGGUUGAGGGUGGAUCUUCUGGAGAGUUAUGCAAUUAGCACAGUGGCCAUCAGUAACAGAGGAGACUGCUGUGCUGAUCAAACCGAUAAUGCAGAGAUUCGUAUCGGAGACUCACUGGAAAACAACGGCAACAACAAUCCCAUAUGUGCUGUAACUUCCAAUCUUCCAGUACGUACUACUGCCAAUUACUCGUGUGAUGAGAUGGCGGGACGUUAUGUGAAUGUGGUCAGGACUGGAAUCAAUGGUCAUCUCACUUUGUGUGAAGUGGAGGUCUAUGGAAAAGAGCCAACAAAAGAGAAUUUAGCCCUUAAAGGAACAGCUACACAGGCAAACACAUAUUCCGACCGUGUAGCUCAAAAAGCCAUAGAUGGAAUAAAACAUGGACCCGGUGAAGCUCCUUACUGCGCCAUUACAGGAUAUCAACUUAGUCCAUGGUGGAGGUUGGAUCUUCUGAAUAGUUGUACAGUUAACACAGUGGUCAUCAUUAACCGAGAAGACUGCUGUCGUGAUCAAACCAAUGGAGCAGAGAUUCGUAUCGGAGACUCACUGGAAAACAACGGCAACGACAAUCCCCUAUGUGGUGUCUUUUUUAAUAUUCCAGUAAACUCUACUGUCAGUUAUUCAUGUAAUGGGAUGAUUGGACGUUAUGUGAAUGUGGUCAUGACUGGAAUACAGUCUCAUCUCUCUCUGUGUGAAGUUGAGGUCUAUGGCACAAAUCGUAGAUACAAAGGCUUUCUGAGGUUGAAAUUUCUUUCCAGUGUUGAUGUAGCAGCUCUGAGCAACAACAUCCUCAAUAAGCUGGAGUCUGCUCUGUCUCUACACAUCUCUGAUUUUAAACUGUCCUGGACACAACUCCCUUAUAAAGAGGUACAACAUCAGAAGAACACAGCUCAAAACGCUAUAGAUGGUGUAAGAUAUGUGGCUACUGGAUCAUACUGCUCUACAACUGGAAAUGAAUUGAGUCCAUGGUGGAGGUUGGAUCUCUUGGAUUAUUAUGAGAUAAGUACAGUAGUCAUCACUGCUAGAUCAGACUGUUGUCCUGAUCAAACCAAUGGAGCAGAGAUUCGUAUUGGAAACUCCACUGAAAACAAUGGAAACAACAAUCCCAGAUGUGCUGUUACUUCAGGUUUUUUAGCUGGUCAAACUAUCAGUUACUCAUGUGGUGUAAUGGUGGGACGUUAUAUAAAUGUGGUCAAGACUGGACGUACCUCUACUCUCUCUCUUUGUGAGGUUGAGGUCUAUGAAACAGGUUAUUAUACAAAAAACCUUUUGAGACUAAAAUUUCUCUCCAGUGUUGAUGCAGCGGCUGUGAGUGAUCAAAUCCUCAACCAGCUGCAGUCUGCUCUGUCUCGACACAUCUCUGAUUUUAAACUGUCCUGGAAACAACUCCCUAAUAAAGAGGUGAAACAGAAGAACACAGGCAAGUACAUAAAACUUCAAAGUUCUUUGUAA